UAAAAUUUAUUUAUUGAUUAAUAUUUUAGUUAAAAUAUUUUUAAUUGAAAAAAUGCUGGAAUGUCAUAUUUUAUGCAGCAUGCAAAGAUGAUUACAUAAAAAAGUAUUUUUUUAUCGUAAAGUUUAUCACAAAACAUUUUUCUCUGAGUCUUGAAAAUGUUUAAUAGUUGUUUUACUCACAUUGUAUAAUAAAAUAUUUACUGUGCAGUUUUCGUACAUAGACACGUAGUAGCAAAAUAAUAAUCGUGGAUGAACAUAACAGACCGUUUUGUAUUUCGUACAAGACAGUAAGAUAAUUGAUACAUCAGGAAAAAUGAUAGCUAAUAACUGUUUAAUAAUGAGCUAGAUGAACAAUAAUAAUUGCUUAAUUUUAGGGGUUUAUUAUGAUUGUUAGAUAUUAAGUCUUUACAAUCCAAAAUGAUCGAAUACUAAAUAUGCUACACAAAUAUACGUUCGAUGUAAAUGUUGGAGACCGUUGUGCGAUCAUUACAUAUUGAUUAAUAUAAUUGUAGCAGAGGAGGUAGGUCUAGCGAUGGUUUGCAAUAAAAUGAGUUACAAUUGUUAAUGCUCAGUUCGCGAUAAAACACAACCAGAUACACUGUAAAAAUAAGAAAUCGAUAUUCAAUCGCAGAAAAUAUUUUGUAACGUAUUACCAAAGAAGAAUAAUUUUUAUUUAAUUGUUGUUUUUAUCAAUAUCUUUUUCUGAUAAUUAAAAACUACUUUGAUUUUAGAAACAAUUUUCCACGCUAUGCUGCAAAGUUUAUUCGCAGGAAAAAUUCCGUCUUGAUAUUGCAUGUUUGAUUUUUCUUACUGUUAGACAAGAAACACAUUGCAUUUUAUAAAAUUGUGAUGCAUAUAACUAAAACUGAAAGAACUCAUACUACUAAGAUCGGCCAUAUCGAAGAUUUAUUUGUUCAUUUAGAACGCAUUUUUUCUAUUGGCGGUAUAUGGCCAUUCAAGCAAACGUAUAUCCGUUUCACAAUUUACAUCUCAUAUUUUAUAAUGUAUCUCAUUAUGGCAUAUGCUGAUUUGUGUGACGUUUUCGGUAACCUGGAAUUAAUGGUGAUGAACCUUGUGGAAACAGUAGCUUAUACCAUGACAUUUACGAUGAUAUGGAUAGUACGUUACAAUAAUUUGUUAAAACGUUUAAUCAAUGUUGUCAAGAAGGACAUGAUGGAACGCAAAUUUGAAGAUUCCGAAGAAGAGAAGAUCUACUACAAUUAUAAUUAUAUAUCCAAGAUAUUCAUAUAUGGCUCAAUCGUGGGCAUGUUCAUCACAGUUACGCUGUUAUAUUUUAGACCACUCAUGCUUUUCUUAAUGAAUGAUCAAGUGUUACACAAUAAUACGGAAUCCUUUAUGUUACCCUAUAGAGUUCACACGUUUCUUGACAUUACUGAUACUUAUACAUAUAUAUUAAUAUAUUUAUACCUAUUUCCGAUGUUUUACACCUCUAUCUUACACAUGGCAGCGAUUUGCUUGUUGGUCGUUUUAGUAUUUCAUAUUUGCGGCGAAUUGUCUAUUUUGUCAUAUCGUAUCAAAAAUAUUGAAGUGCAAAGUAUGGUGGUAAAUAGAUUUCGUACUUUUGUUCGAAUGCAUCUCAAAAUAAUAUGGAUGGCAAAAUCCGUGGACGAUAUUUUUAAUUUUAUUCUUCUAGACGAGCUUCUUGGCAAUAGUAUUGUAUUGGCUAUUUCGAUGUAUUAUGUCAUAAUGAACGUGGAAGUUUCAGAAAUGGCGACUUGUUUUACUUUUAUAUUUUUUGCUGCCAUUGCGCUUGUUAUGCUAUACGGAUAUUGCUUGAUUGGUGAUCAACUAACUCAACAGUGUAUAAGUGUGCUGGAUGCUUAUUAUGAAUGCGAUUGGUACGAGAUGCCACACGAUUGUAAAAGAUGUCUGCUAAUAUGUAUGAUACGUGGCCAAGUUAUGCUCCAUUUAACAGCUGGAAGAUUUUAUAUAUUUUCCUUGAACAGUUUUACAGACGAUCAAAAUGACUUGGACCGUGCGGCUAAAGUGCUGUCUUGGAAUAAACGGUUAAUGUCGACGCUGGGCCUCUGGCCUUUUCGGUCUAACGAUCUUAUUUUCUCGAUUAACUUAGGCUACUUUAGUUUUCUCAUGAUUCUGGAAUAUCUGGAUCUGUUUCUCUUCAUCGAUGAUCUCGAGCACGUAAUCAUGAAUCUAACGGAAAACAUGGCGUUCUCACAGAUAUUUGUACGGAUGAGUAUGCUACGAUUAUACAACAAUCAAAUUGGCGAGAUCAUAGCGGAGACCAUGAAAGACUUUAAUACGACAAGUUAUAAAACUGCUGAAGAGAUGAAAGCAUUUAUCACGUAUAACAGUAGGUCAAAGAUCUUCGAUGUUAAAUUACUGAUGAUAUUUGUUGCGCUGACAGCUUCUUCAUAUUAUUUAACUCCAAUUAUAAUUAUACUUGGAAGUGGUCUACCGAAAAUUAUAAUCAAUAAAAAUGUAACCCAGAUACUUUAUAUAUUACCCUAUCGCUUUCAUAUGUUUUAUGCGAUCGAGAAUAUGCUUUCCUAUGUGAUUACAUACGGUGUGCAAUUGCCAUUUGUGUUCAUCAGCGGUUUCGGACAAAGUGCCGCUGAUUGCCUCAUGGUCACCCUUGUUUUUCAUAUUUGCGGCCAAAUGGCGGUUCUGGCUCUGCGCAUCAAUAAUAUAAGCACCGAUUCCUAUAAUUGUGGACACGAAAUACGACACGUGGUACGCAUGCACAUACAAUUACUACGAAUGGGAAAAACGAUAGAAAGAGCAUUUAGUGCGAUAUUGUUAACUCAUUUUUUGGGAGCUACUUCUCUGGUAUGCAUUCUUGGUUAUCAACUUUUAAUGAACUUUGCUAAAGGCGAGAAAGGAGUGCUUAUUACAUUUAUAAUAUUCCAGUUUUUAGUCUUGCUAAUACUGUACGCUCUCUGCACCGUCGGUGAAAGUCUUCUGACAGAGAGUAUUAAAAUAUGCGAAGCAUUCUAUGAUUGCCGCUGGUAUGAUAUGUGAACGAAAAAUGCGCAAAUGAUAAUAUUAUGCAUGGCAAGAUCGCAAAAACCGCUUUGUCUAGUAGCUGGCAAAUUCACUAUAUUUUGCCUCAGUACAUUAACUGACGUUUUAAAAACAUCUAUGGGAUAUUUAUCCGUAUUGCGUUCUUUUUUAUAAUGUAGAAAACCAUCAAAAAGCAAUGAUCUUGGAGACAUGUGUGGUGGUAAUAAAUAAAUUAAACGUGGUAAAAUACCAUAAUUUAUAACAUUCUAAAAACGUUUUAAUAUUUGAUAAAAUUAUAAAUGAAAAUUGGAUAUAAAUACAAAUAUACCACUCGAGUAAUGAAGAAGUUUGGAGUAUCUCAAUGUCGAUUUUCGUAACAUGUAUCAUAUAGAGUGUAUA